UAUCUUUAUGUCGAUGACUGUAAUUAAAAAAAUUUUUUUAUAGAACUUUAAAAUCCUCCUGUCAUUUAUUAAUUGCUUUUGAUUGUUUGGUUUCUUCUUUUUAUCAAAUAAAUAGUUGGUUAUCAAUUACUGUUAUAUUUAAUGUUGGAAACCAAUUCCUUCAAAUUCGUCCUUGUUGUCUUGAAAUGCUUCCAGCAUUUUUAUUUGGAUUUACAGCUUCAUUUAUUUCUACUUACUUAAUUUCAUUUGACAGACUGCUUAGUGUACUCUUCCCUAUGUGGUCAGUUUACGUAUUUUAUCCUCCCCCCUACAACUACUUUUCCCUAGAUUUUAGCUACUUCCAAGAUUCCUUAUUUAACUUAAUUUUUGAGUAA